AUGGCAACCUCCACAGUGAUUCUGCUCGUCUGCCUACUGGGCACACUUAACACAGUCCAGUGUCAGCACGAAGAGGCAAAUCCAGAGGAUGUUGAGAACAAUGGCGAAAUUGACAGCAUCCCUGUGGAGGAAAACUACACAGUGUCCGCUCUAAUCGAAAGGGCCAACAAGAAUGCAGGGCAGGAACUUGAUGAUCCGGAGAUCGUGGAGGGUGAUAUUGCCGUGUACACUGGGCUCCAGAACGCUGACCCUUGCACCUCCCGUGGCUGCAAAUGGCAACGCUCCAGUAAUGGCAAUGUCUAUGUUCCAUACGUCAUCGCCAAUCAGUUCUCCCAAAGGGAGAGGGCCAUCAUUGAGAAGGGCCUGCAGUCUUUUGCCCAGUCCACCUGCAUCCGCUUCACAAGACGCACAUCGCAGAAAGACUAUGUUAACAUCCAGUCACGCUCAGGGUGCUGGUCCUACGUCGGGCGUAGAGGUGGAGAGCAGGUGGUGUCCCUGGCUAGGAGUGGGUGUGUUUACCACCAGGUAGUCCAGCACGAGCUGCUGCACGCCCUGGGCUUCAACCACGAGCAGUGUCGCAGCGACCGUGACUCACACGUCCGUAUUCUCUAUCAAAACAUCAUCAGGGGACUAGAGUACGCCUUCAAUAAGAUUAAUACCAACAACCUGGGUACUCCCUAUGACUACGGCUCAGUCAUGCAAUACGGUCGGUAUGCCUUUUCCCGCAACAGGCAGGCCACCAUCGUCCCCUAUCCCAACCCCAAUUCGGUCAUCGGGAAGGCCUCCCAGAUGAGCCGCAUGGACAUCAUGCGAAUCAACCGCCUCUAUGGAUGCAGACGGUAG